GAGCCCGCCCUCCCAGAGGGCCAGCGUGGCCAUGGCGCUCCUGCUCACUGCUCUGCGCGUCCUGCUAGGCGGCUUCUUCGCGCUCACGGGGGUGGCCAAGCUCUCGGAGCAGAUCGCAGCUCCCGUGUCGCAGCAGAUGAAAGCCCUGUUCGUGCAGUUUGCUGAGGUGUUCCCGUUGAAGGUGUUCGGCUAUCAGCCAGAUCCCAUGAGCUACCAAGUGGCUGUGGGCUGGCUGGAACUGCUGGCUGGGUUGCUGCUGGCCCUGGGCCCACCGAAGCUGCAAGAGAUCAGUAACUUUCUUUUGAUCGUGCUCAUGAUGGGGGCUAUCUUCACUUUGCUGUCUCUGAAAGAAUCACUGAUCACCUGCAUCCCGGCUGUCGUCUGCCUGGUGCUCCUGCUGGUGCUGGAUAUCUGCCAGGUCGUAGUCAAAACUCAGAAGGUUGUGGUCACACCCACUGGGAAGAAGACUCCAUGUACAGUCACGAGAGUAGAGUGAUGCAGGGUGAGAGUAGAGUGUCUCUUGCUUCUCUGUGCCAUGUCACUUUCGCAGCAAGAACACAGAAGGACACAGAAUCUACCACCUUGUAACCAAUGUCAUAUAUCCAGGGUCAAAUUAUGGCCAGGGUUGAAACAGAUAUCUUGUCUACCUGGCCCCGCUUUCUCUCUUGACAUCUCCUGGCCUUCUUUGGCGUUUACUAGCAUUCCUCUUUUCAAUUCCUUUGUAUAACUGUACCUUUUAAUUUUUUCUAUGCCUUUACAUGGAUUUUUGAAAAUGAAAUUAUUUUAUUUACAUUUUAAAAUAAAUUUUUAUUAUCUGCUUUUUAAAGCUAA